AUGAAUGGCUCUAGUUCAUUCAAACAUCCCAUUGUGUUGCCCAAUAAAGGCCAUAUAACAGAUUUAAUUGUUCGACACUUUCAUGAAAGGUGUUUGCACCAAGGUCGUGGUAUGACCACAAAUGAGAUCCGUCAGAACGGAUUCUGGAUAAUUGGUUGCAGUGGUGUUGUUUCUUCUAUGCUCUCUAAAUGUCGCGUUUGCAGAAAACUUCGCGCAGUAUCACAAUAUCAAAAAAUGUCCGACUUACCUGAAGAAAGAUUAGAACCUUCUCCGCCAUUUAGCUACUGUGCUGUGGACCUAUUAGGACCAUUUAUCAUCAAAGAAGGUUUAAAGGAAUUGAAAAGAUAUGAGGUUUUGUUCACAUGUAUGGCUUGUCGAGCGGUCCAUGUUGAAACUGUUAAUUCGCUAGAGACUGAUUCUUUCAUCAACUGUUUACGUAGGUUUAUCUCGUUGCGUGGUCCAAUCAGACAGCUUAGAUCCGAAAAAGGGACCAACUUUGUUGGCACUGAGAACGAGUUUAAUCAAGAGGUCCUUAAUUUAGACAAUGAUAGAAUUCAGAAAUUUCUUCUCGAACAAGAUUGUGACUUCUUUCCGUUCAAAAUGAAUGUGCCCACAGCAAGUCAUAUGGGUGGCGUUUGGGAACGCCAAAUCAGGUCAGUUCGCUCCGUUUUGAUGUAUCUUUUAGAAAGCCAUGGUUCACAACUUGAUGACGAAAGUUUAAGAACAUUCCUACAUGAGGCUUCUGCCAUAAUCAAUUGCAGGCCGCUCACAGUUGAAAACAUACACGAUCCACAUUCCACUACACCUUUAACUCCCAACCUCUUACCUACCUAA